AUGGUCAAGCUUACUGAAGUCGAAGACGAGCACUUCACCGACAAGCCCACUCCCACAAAGCACGACGCUCUCCUAGUCUCUGAUGACGAGGAUGACUACUCAGACACUGACUCCGAGAUCUCCGACGAUGAGGACGUCGAUCUCGAGGCCGAAUCUGUCUAUGAGCGUAUCGCCGCUCUGAAGGACAUGAUUCCCCCCUCCGCCCGCCGCACCGUCUCCAGCACCGUCUCUUCCAUCACAGACCUCACCAAGGCCAGUCUCUCAUUCAGCGGCAAGGCUCUCUGGAUUAUCAGCACCAGCGCUUUCCUGCUCGGUGUGCCAUUCGCAUUGGCCUACGCCGAGGAGGAGCAGUACAUCCAGAUGGAGCGCGAGCAGGGAAUGAUCAAGGGAGCUAACGAGAUGCUCACCCCCGGCCUCGAAACCGAGAAGACCGCUCAACCCACUCUGUAA